GACAGUAUCUGUUUGAAACUUUCCCGAACCAUCAAGUAUAGAUAUUGUCUAUCUCGAAGUUUUGGAUCCGUUUGGUACACACGUGUGAAAUCUGAUGAUGUGUGUGUGGCAUAUGUGUUUUUGAAACAUGCCUUCAUGUCAUGUAUGCAGAAGAUAACAGAGGCAUGGAGAAAGUGUAUCAUGUUUUGUAAUUUGGAAUCAACAGGAGCAACAGGGUUUUAUGUUGAUGAAUUUGAUCCACACCACCUUUAACUAUAAAAAAAACCAAAUUAAAUUCACUACAGGGAAAAUUUGUGAGAUGGAUUAACUGAAAAUGCAUAAACAGAAAAAUGAAGAUCUUACAAAUUGGUUAUAAUGACAAGUUUCCUCCAUGAAUAGAUAUAGAUAACAGAACCUAAAAUGGAUGGUCAACCAUCUUUAGAGGCUGUGAUGGGCUCCCUGGAGUCCCAGCUGGAGAGGGGGCUCAGGCAGGGGAACAAACUGGCCGCCCAGAGUGCCAUUGCUCACUUACAGAGAAAUCAAAGUAGCCACAGCCAAAAAAUAAAGUUAGAUUACAUGGGAGAGAAACGUAUAUUGACUGUGCCACGGCCAGUGAUGUAUGACAAAGUAUGUGCCAAGAUUCGAGAGAUGUAUGGAUUUGAUAUGAAUAUAGCCUUUACACAAUCAAAUGGAGAGCUGAGAAGUCCAAUUUGCAAUCAAAAAGACCUUGACAUAGCAAUUAAUCUGGUGGAUAAAAAUGAAAGGUCAACCAGUCUUCGUUUGAUCUUGACCUCUCCCACAGGUCAAGGUCAUGGCCAGGUCCGGCGGACAGGGGCUCCCUCCAUAGACACUGGUUACUCUUCCAUUAGAUCUCAGGGUCGAGAUAUAGAAUCCCCCAGUCCGCCACCGGGAUCAUUGCCUCAUAACUUCAGCCACAGUGUAUCAUGCAACUCCAUUAACAGUGAGGGGGAGUUCAUCCCCGAGAGUGAUGAGGCUGUUUUUAGAAGUCCUGAUGGUUCAAUAGCAGAGUCAUUAGAUAGCAACUACAUGAGCUCCUAUGGUGAUGGGUUCUCACUCAGGGGACGGACCACUUCCCGUAGAAGUAUUUUACCUGGUGAUAGAGAUGAUGAAGGUCGGUUUGGGACAUUCCCAAGAAGCGUGGGGUCAUUGUCUCAACAAAUGGUGGACGGCCCCAGUACGUUUCCUCGGAUACGACCCACGGUCAGCACGAGGCCUGAUCUCAGCAACAGCCUGCGGUCAGUGAUGUCACGGGGGAGCGAGGGAACCAUGUCCACGGUCAGCUCCAGUAGUAACAGCAGCGGCUUCCCCCCUGACCACGACAUGGACUCGCCCGACGGGCGAAACAUGAUCAAAAGAAACAGUGACUUAGACAGCCCUGUAUAUGCUUUAGCAGAUCUCUCUCUAUCCAAAUCCCCACGUUGUCCAGUGAAUUGGAAGGCGGGAGCUUUAUUAGGGAGUGGAGCUUUUGGUGAGGUGUAUGUCUGUCAUGAUAAAGACACGGGCAGAGAUCUCGCCAUGAAAGUGGUGAGGCUGGAGCAGAUGAAUGCUGAAACCUCAAAGGAAGUACGUGCUUUAGAAAAUGAAAUUCAUCUCCUGCGUAACUUUGAACAUGAGCGGAUUGUCUCAUACUUUGGUUGUGCACAAGACAAGCAAUCAUUAUAUAUCUUUAUGGAGUACUUACCUGGGGGUUCAGUUAAAGACGAAAUCACCAAGUAUGGAUCUCUGACAGAAAAUGUGUCCAGAAAAUACACCAAACAGAUGUUAGAGGGCCUAGCUUACCUUCAUAAGAACGUCAUCGUACACAGAGAUAUCAAAGGUGCUAACAUACUGCGGGAUGGCAAUGGAAACAUUAAGCUGGGUGACUUUGGUGCCUCCAAGCGGCUCCAGACCAUAGUCAGUGCCACCGGUCUCCACUCGGUGGUGGGAACCCCAUACUGGAUGGCCCCAGAAGUUAUUAAUGGGGAAGGCUAUGGACGCAAGGCAGAUAUUUGGAGUGUGGGAUGUACGAUAGUGGAAAUGCUUACCACCAAACCACCAUGGGCUGAGUUUGAGUCGAUGGCUGCAUUAUAUAAAAUAGCAAUGGAGAAGAGACCACAUUUCACAUUGCCAAAUCAUAUUUCAGAACUAUGUCACGAUGUUCUUAGUAAAGCAUUUGAUCGAAAUCCGAGCACAAGGCCAACUGCAAUAGACUUACUAGGUCACAGAUGGGUAGCUGGGUAAUCACAAGGAGUAUUAUAGUGAUGUCUUGCUGACUUUCCAUGGAAAGAGUGUUCAUCUGAAGAAAAAAAAAUGUGUGUGAAGAGAGUCAUCUUUGUGAAACAAAGUACAUAUCUCUAAAGGGUUUCUUCUGCUGAGAAAAAUAUCCAGGACUUGUGAAUUCUGACGUGUCUAGAAAGGAGUAUUUUUUCAAUACCCAAAGAAGUCUUUCAAGAAUGGGAGUACCAUGGAAACCUGAAGCAGUAUCAAAGGCAGGUCUUAACGAGGUCCCUGGAUUGGAACGCGGGGUUACUGCGAACGGUGAAGGAUCCCGACAGGCAUCUCCAGCGAAUAGAGGGUUCACUGUCCGCCAUCAGUGCUUAGGAUGAACAGACAUGUCUGAUUGAGCAGACUGAAAACAAAAGUAUUAAAAACAAGCUACUGACAGUACAGUAACAUUCAAACCCACCCAUCUCAUCAAACAAGAUUUCUACUUUCAUUUCAUCCUUUGUACCAAUUUUUAUAAAACCAUCCCUUUUUUUUUUCUUUUUUUUUUUGUAAAUUCAAUUUGAUUAUUUGUAAGCAAACUUCACAUUUGAACACAUAAGAGUGCAAAAACUGGGCAAAGACAAGCUAUGCAUACAAUUGUGUCUACUUUUAAGAUUUAGGAGUUAUAUUUUUCUUCAAAACCAGAAUUGCUGGGAAAAGUGCAUGUUCAUGAUUUGUACAAGAUGAUCACCUAUUUAUGUUUUCUCAGGACUUUUUUUCUGGCCUUUAACAGUCAUUGGCAAGUUUUAUGGGUCUACGAGCAAUAUACUGAAUCUUCCCUGAAAAUUGCUGACAUAUAGUGCUGAUUAAAGGAAAGAAGUGCCUUUCAUAUUGCAUAUUUAAUAAUAUAUAUAAAUUUUUGUCCAAUCUAAAGUUUUUACUUGAGGUAAUUAUUCAUUUGGUAAUUUUUUUUUUUUUUAUGUAAUAUCUUUUCAUGAUCUUAACAAAUGAGAAUUUGAAGAAUGUUUAAAGGUAUCCAUUUUACAAAUUUGAAAAAGUAUUUUCAUUUAUGAAUUAAAAAUUUAUUUAAUUUUGAAAAAAAAAAUUCUGAUGUUUGUUGGCAUAUCUGAUUUUCUUAAGAAACUAGGAAUUUCAAAUUAUUUUUUUUGGUAUCAACUAGCAGGUAUUCCAGAAAUGUACAGUUGGUUAAAAAUAGACUAGUUUAAAAUAAAUAACUGAAUAUAAGCUGAAGUUAUUGUGAAUUGAUAUAGACAUAGAGAAUAAGUUUUAUGAGGCCAUUUGUUAAAGUCAUUGAGAUUAUGACAAAAUUUUGCACAAAUGAAAGAUGAUAUUAAAACAUCAGUACUUCCUUUUCUAGUGUAUACUCCUGUUUUUUAGUGCAGCACAUAUGAAAUGUUCAUUAUCUUUUCACUUUUCAUACUCGUUAACAUCCGAAGUCCUUAUAUAGAUAUAGAUGUACACAAUUUUGCCCUCCUAAACAUACUUUUAACAACAAAGUAGCAGGACCUACACUCAACAGCUGUUGUCUUCUAAUGUUCCAUUACAUCUCUGUGUUCUAAGGGAUUCUAAUCUACUUUUAUAUAUAUAUAUAUAUAUAUAUAUAUAUAUAUAUAUAUAUAUAUAUAUAAUUAUGUAUAAAAAUUAAUUUUGGACAUAAAGCUACAGUAUUUUAUUUUUUUUUCUCAGAAAUGUUAAUAUGUUUACACUGUAGGGGAAAGUUGAACCUUUUGUACUGAUUCUUUAUAUUUACAAUCCAGUUUUUUAUUAGAGGUGCAAUUACUCUAGAAGAACUUUUGGGCAUUAUUCCUGCACAAUGUAAAAUAAUGAUUAACUGAAUUUAGACAUGUGCAUUGUUAUCAAGGGGAAUUGGUUUAGUUGAAAAUGAAACAAACAAGCUUUUUCUCUUCUUGUAGAAAGUUUAUGAAUUGUUACCAUGACACCAUAGUUAACACAUAGUUUUAUGAGUCCAAUCCUGUUGACAUGCAUUUUUACUCUUUUUUUAAAAACCAAAUUCAGCAGUCCUCUGGUUCGAAAUAAAUGUAUGUAAACCAUAAUUUAGUCCACAUUUAAAAUUUUGACUUUUUGUUGAAAAUUUGAUGCUACAUAAGAACAAUUUUUUUUCUUUAUGCAAAUGAGCAUUUGUCAGGUAUGUUUUGGGGUAAUAUGUUCUGAGCUUUGUGCCGGUUUUUUUCUCUUUCAGUAUGAUUGCAUUUAUCUUUUGUACAGUAUUUUUAAAGUAGGAAAUGGGGAAUGGUAUGGUACAAUGUAAAAGAAUUUUUUUCAGCAAUAACAACUUAGCUCCCUUUUGCUCAUUACUCCUCUUAUUUUUUAAAUUUCCUUUACAAAAAUUCUUUCAGUAACAAUAUAUUUAUCUCUAUUUAUGCAAAUGAUUUAAAAAUAGUAAGUGGUUCUGAUUUUGAAAAAAAAAUUUCAGAACAGUUUUUAUUUUUUUUUUAAGUGGUUGAAUAGGAUCGUCAUCUUUGGUUUUGGUAUUAAGACACGGCACGGAAACAUUGGAGAUCAAACUAGUAACAGUACAAUGAUACUCACAUGGUUCAUAUACGUAUAAACCUUAGGAUGAAUGUUCUCAACAGAAUACUUUAUGAUAUGUAUAUAGUGUACAAACGAUUUCUAAUGUUGAUCAAUAGUAGCUACACAUGAUAGAUUUCAUGACGAUUGUGAUAGAUGGAAUUAAAAACUCCCAAGUCCCAGUGAUUUUAUGUACAUUUAGUGUAAAUAAUUUGUACAGAUGUUCAUAUAACUAUAUAUACACCAAAUUUAUACUUAAUAUUAAGGGGAGAUAAAGCUUUGAUCUUGAAGUAUUAAUUAAAAUGACAGCUCUGACCUUGAAAAUGGACACUCGAUGCCAAUUUAUAAAUUUUAUAACACGAUGCUAUAUUUACUGUGUUAAUCAUUUUUGUCCAAAACUUCUAGAAAUGGCUAAAUUUUGUUUUUUAAAUUGACUUCUUAAUGAGUUAUAUUUAUGAUUAGAUUUGAUAGAUUGAUUUGUCCAAAAAUCGUUUUUAAUAUGAUUUUGUCAGAGUCUGUCAUUUCAUGAAAUUAAUGCAUACAGUGCAUGUUCAUCAUGGACAUCCUUUUCAUUGUAAAUUGUACAUAUUAAAGAGACUGAAUGAAUGAAUGGAUGUUAUGAACAAAUUUUCUGUCAUAUUAAGUUAUAUAUACACAUAUAUAUAUAUAUAAAUGUAUAUUAUAUAUAGAUCAAUUUAUUUGAAGAUAUUAUUGUUUUGUAUUCAAAUCAUGUUUCAGAUAUGAUGUAAAGGUACUGUGGCUGCUUUUAACUGUUUUAUCAUGGUGUCACUUUUGGUGAAAGUGUCCGAACAAAGAAAAAACCAAUUUACACAGUUAAAAGAAAUUAGAGAUGAAUUUUAGAGUUUAUAUGAAUAUUUUAACUCUUUGUUAUUGUCUAUGUUAAGUUUAUUUUCUUUAAGAAUAAGAAAAAAAUAUAUAUGCAUCUUUUUUAACAUGUUUGAAAUCUUACAAUUAGAAUUGUCUUUUGAGAUGCUGAUAUUCAAAACUUGUAUAUCCAAUGAAAAACCAGUGGAAUUUUAUUUUAAAAAAUACUGUAAAAAGAUACUGUACAGUGCUAUGAGCUCAAAAACUAAAAAGGUAAAUCUGUUGCCCUGUUAUGACCAGCCUGUGAUUAAACUAACUAUUUUUGUUGAAACCUUUAUGCAAACCAUCAACCGUCAUCACUUGUGUCAUUGUGCCUUAUUUUUAUACACCAAUAAAAAAUGUGUAUAAUA